CUGAAUCUGAAACCCCCAUUUUUCCACCUCAUUAAGCUUUCGGUCUCCUUACCAAAAAACGAAAAGCCUUAGGUCUGAAGCAAGCAAGCAUGAAUCCUACCUUCCCUUCCAAUAGCCUUCUCCUCUCUUUUCUUUUUCUUCUUCUUCUCUACCCCUAUAAUGGUAAAUCACAAACUUUGAUCCAGAAAGUCUGCAACGACGCCUCAAAGGACAGCAAAUACAUGACCUACGAGUUCUGCUUGACAGCCCUCCAAACAGAUCCUAGCAGCAAACAUGAAAGCUUUGAAGGACUUGGGCUUAUAGCACUGAAACUAGACAGGACCAACAUGAGUCGCUUGGAAUCUUACAUUAAGAACAUGCUCAAGUACAGGAAGUUCAAUGAUUCAUAUGUGAAAGAAGCCUUGAAGGAUUGUGUGGAGCACUACUCAGAUGGGAUUGAGUCCGUGAAGGUAGCAACAAUGGCCUACAAGGUUAGGGAUUAUGGCACAGCAAAUGUACAGAUGAGUGCAGCAUUUGAUUCAGUGUUCGAUUGUGAAGAUGGGUUCAAUGAGAGAGGAAGAGGUGUAGUGUCUCCUUUGAAGAAGCUGAAUCAGGUCAUGAUUUCUGUAAAUGCAUUGGCUCUGUAUUUUACCUAUGAGCUUAGUCAAGGAGGUUAUAAGCCAAGGAAUGAUUAGAUUAGUGAAUAUUACAAUCUGUUUGGUUUAGAUGAUUGUGUGAGUAGUAAGGUUAAGUAAAGGUUUAUUAUAGUUUUCAUUAA